GCGGUCCUGCCACACGGAUCGUGUGAUCACAGACGCCGUGUUUGAAGAGCAGCUCCCUCUCGUCCUCGGUGACCGCAGCUCCCCUCCUGCGCCUCUGCGACUGCUGAUCCCGCAGGUCCAAGCGAGACGAAGCUGGUGACAGCGACAUGAUCCGAGGUGGUUUUCGCGUGCGCACGCUCGAGCCUUGACUCGAUGGCUCAUUUGUCUGGAGCCCCUUUCGCGUAUUUAAGGUAAUUCUGCUGCCGUUUCAUCUCGCCCGCCUCCGGCUGACAAUUGAUGGAGGACGCCAGAGCCUGACUCCGAGUUGGUCCUGAGAAUUUUUGGAUACAAACUCCUUCCAGAAUUGUAUUUUCUCCCCGCUUGCGAGCGAGGAUGCCGGUGAACGCGCUGCCCCCCCGCGGAGGCGGCAGCAGCUUCGGCGGCCCGGGCUCCCUCAGCCCCGCGUCACUGUCCCGGAGCCUGUCUCGCCUGAGGGAGUUCCGAACCCGAACCCGCAUCAUGCUGGCGCUGGGGGUCUCGCAGAUGCUCCUGGGGAGCCUCAUCCUGGCCGUCAGCUUUGCGGCUCUGGCUCUCACCACCUCGCCCAGGGUCCGACACUCGUGCCCUUUCUGGGCUGGUUUCUCCGUUCUGCUCUCUGGGUUGAUUGGAGUGGUGUCAUGGAAGAGGCCGCUUUCUCUUGUGAUCACAUUCUUCAUGUUGCUGUCCGCUGUCUGUGUGAUGCUCAACCUUGCCGGAUCCAUCCUUUCCUGCCAGAAUGCUAAGUUGGUCGACUCGCUGGAGGACUGUCAGCUGUGUGGAUGUGUGUUCUCUGCUCCUUCCCCCCAGCUCAAGUUUGACAGCGAUGGAGUGUGUGUUUGCUGUGAACUGCAACAACAGAGUUCGAGCUGCAACAACCUGGGAGAGACUCUGAAACUCAACCCGCUGAGGGACUGCAACACCAUCCGCCUUCGUCUCAAGGAGCUGCUCUUCAGCGUCUGUGCCCUGAACGUCAUCUCCACGGUGGUGUGCGCGCUGGCUACCGCCAUGUGCUGCAUGCAGAUGGUCUCCACUGAUGUGCUGCAGAUGUUCUUGCCACACAGAGCCCGAGCCCUAAAUGCCGACUGCAUGACCCCCCAUGGGACCAUUCUCCACCAAACGCUGGACUUUGAUGAGUUUAUCCCCCCCAUCCCUCCGCCGCCGUACUACCCCCCAGAGUACACGUGCACCCCUUCCAUGGAUGGGCAAAGAGGCCUUCAUCUGGACUUCCCCCACUCCCCCUUCAGUGCCAUCUACGGGGUGCCCAUCAACAGUCCAGGGACUCUGUAUCCUACUGACCUCCCCCCUCCGUACGAGUCGGUGGUCAGUCAGACGCCUGCCAGUCAGGUGACCACCAGCAAUGAGCAGCAGGCUACUGGAUCCAGUUUGGGUGACAGGAACACAACUGCAGGACUCAGCACUCAAGCGUCUGUGGAUAGCGCCUCCCUGAUGGUGUCAGAAGUCGUCGAUCAGGACCAGACUUGCUCCUCAGAGGACCUGUGCUCUCUGGAGGUCCAGGGUUCGGACUCCUCUCCGUACGGCACACUGCGCACUGCGCCCAUCGAUGGCAGCUGCAACAGUCUGGAGCUUUGCACGCGGAUGCGCUGUCGUCACGGCAACAGCGACGCCCGGCCCAGUGACACCGGCUACAGCGAGUCCUCUCACACCCAGUCUCUGGAGAGGUCUCCGGACUGGUCCUCGGAGAACUUCAGCAACCUCGAGGACUCUGCUGAAAACACACAUGCAUGUGAGGAUCUCAGGCCUGCCAUGCCUCUCUGCGAUGAGCUGGCGUCAGCCAAACACCAGCCGGAUGAGCCUCCCAGAGUGUCAGCCCACUCCCUGAUCAAGGCUCGGAUGAUGAGCCGCAAGCUGACGCUUCCCGUGGCUAUCGCUCCGCCGCCUCAGCCUUGUUCUCCCACCUCAGUGGCCUCCUCUGGCGGAACUUCAGCCAUCAGCCCCAUGGUCCCCUCUCCAUCCCCGUCCCCUCCCAGCAGACUGCGGGGCCCCAGGCUGUGCUUCAGCGUUUGGUCACCGUCCUCUUCCUCACAGCCCCCGUCCACCUCAGCUAACAGCGGCUCUUCGCCCUCAGAGCGGCCACGGGGGUUCAGAGCUGCCAAAAGGUACCGCAAACUGGCACGCAUCGUCCGGUCCACCAGCGACCCCAUCUCCUGCUCCUCCUCGACAGGAAGAGAAAUCAUUGCCUGCACUCCGGCCAACAACCCAUCGACUGAAGGAUCGACUCAUACAUCACCGGAGCAAGAGCAGACGGACAACUCCACUGAAGCGGUGGGAGACAAAACGGUUCGUGUAGGAGUCAGGAAGAAGCAGCAACAGAAGGAGAGCAGGAAAGUGGACUUGAACCUGAAGCCGAAACCCGGGCAGGGGCUGGUGGCGCACGAGCAGCAGCACUCCAUGGCCGACUUUAAAAUGUACAAAGACACCAAAAUUCUGGUGGCCAAGUUCCUGGAGCAUUCGAGCUGUGCGUUACCUCCCGAGGUGCAACAAGUGGUCAACAAUAUCAAGUGUGUCAUCAAGUCCGAUGAGAAGCACAUGGAGGAGGCCAUCUAUAGUGCCAACGUCAUAGACCAGGUGAUGACUCACCGCAUCACAGGAAGUCCCAGGAAGCAUGGCCAAGAGGACCUUCACCUGCAGAGCUGUGGUGCCUUGAGUUCUUCUCCCUCCACACGCCGACCCAAACUCCUCUCUCAAACAACCAGUGCCUGUUCCCAUCCCUUGGACUCGCCCUUGUCCGAGCAAGGUUUCGAGUGCAGAGAAACCGUUCUUUGACCUCAUGUGUCACCGGACUUACAACAGCGACGGCCUCCCAAAAGUGCCAGUGUUGCAGUCAGACUGUGCGGAGCUACAGUGAACAAGUGAGCUUGCGAGUCGGCAGCACGAAGGUGGGAGUGGAAAUCUAAAAUUGGCCUUGAGCUAUAUCUCUUAUCGAACUGCGAGACCAUGCAAGUCAUCAGCCAAAAUGGUAGCAAACUCACUCUGAGCCUGCGAGUGUCUCUAGUGGCUUCUUUCUCAUCAGAAUGUUCCUCCCUCAGGGGAUCUUUUAUACCACGUUUCUUCAUAAACAAACUGGUGAUAUGGGAUCUGCGAGUAAAGGGAAACUGAAGACAUUGUGCCGUGGAUAUAUUUUUCUUUCUUGUCUGAGUUUGAAUAAGGAGAAAUAUAUUUGUAUUCAUGUCAACUGAACUGAGGGAUAUUUGAUAGCCGUUGUUUGCUACCUGUGUGCGACUGUACCUGAUAAGACUGGUGAUUCUUUUAUGUUGCCGCUGAUGAAAGGACAACUUACCUCAUGUGUUGCUGUUCUUAUCAGUGUUACAAUAAAAUGCAAGUUUAUAACAUGUGA